GUACCUUUAGGUAAUUCGCAAUCGCAAAACAAAUCAGCUGCGUUAAGCAAAAUAUUUUAAUGUCGUUGUUUUGAUAGGUUUCAUGAAUAUUGUUAAUAGUCUUAACAAAAUAAUGGCUUCUGCAGUUUCAGACAAAGUUAAAGAAAGGCGUGACAGGAUCCUUUUGGGACCUCUCCCAGAAGACUUCUUACGAGUCAACACAUCUGCUCAAGAGCAACAAGAAGCUGCAGAUAGGCAAGCAGCACUUGCUCUUCAGCAGCAUUAUUCUGGAAGUACUUUUUCUUAUGUCACAAACCCAUCUGGAAGACUAAGCAUCACAGUGGCUCAGGCAAAAUUAGCCAAAAAUUAUGGAAUGACAAGAAUGGAUCCCUACUGCAGAAUUCGUGUGGGACAUUGUGUUUAUGAGACACCAACUGAUCCUAACGGUGGUAAAACACCUAGAUGGAAUAAAGUGGUUUACUG